GGGAACAGCUGAUUUUGACUUUUCGCGAAACAAAUCACAAAGAAAGACACACCAAAAGCGAAAACCAUGCCGGGAAAAAGCAAACGGCCAUGGCGAAAAGAGUUAAAGAAGCAACGACGGAGGCGCAGACGGCGGAAAGCUGCUGUGGCGCGUGACUUGCGUGUGGAAGAAGAUGAAGCCAGCAAACUCAAAGAUCCGGCCUACCAAUUGUGGCUACAACAACAGUCUCAACUUGAGGAGGAACAGCUCCGCGCAGCUGAAAAGCGUCAUGCAGAAGAAGAGGAAACUUGGUUGAGGCGCGAUUUGCUUGCUCAACGUGAAUUCCGGCUAAAGCAACAGCAACGCGAAGCAGCGGAAGCCGCAGAAAGAGCUAAACGUAAACAACAAGCAGAGGAACUGGCUGCAAAGGAAGCCGAACAACGACGACGCCGCGAGGAACGUGAACGUAGCGAAGCGGCAGCAGCUGCGGAGUUUGAGCAAAUGUUGCAAUGUACAGAAAGGUUCCUUAACACUGAUGGUCCAGCACCUGCAGAGCUGAGACGUGUGGUAGAGUCACGUCCCGGUCAGAAUUUGUGUAUUCUCUAUGAUCGUACAAAUUGUUGCCGCUUUGGGCCGUCAUGUGCGAAUAAUCAUCGUAGACCGUUGCUUUCCAACAUAAUUGUUGUGCGUCACUUCUUUAUGCAUCCGCUGUUGGAACAGGAAGAGCACAAAGAAUACGCAAAUGCUGAUGGUGGUUUGGAGUUAAGUGAGCAGGACUUGCGCGAGGCGUAUGUAGAAUUCUUUGAUGAUGUAAUACCGGAAUUGCAGGGAUUUGGUUAUUUACGAAAUUUCCGUACUGUGCGUAAUGUGCUGCGACACUUGCGUGGACAUGUGUUCGUCGAGUACUUGGAGGAGAGAUCCGCUUUAAAAGCUUUUAUAAAGCUACAAGGUCGCUUUUAUGCCGGCAGGCAACUAAAUGUAGAAUUUUCAAGCAUUGAAAAUUGGCGGGGCGCUAUUUGUGGCUUAUCGCACGCGCACAAAUGUCCUAAGGGUGAUAAAUGUAAUUAUUUACACUUAUUCAAAAACCCUGGUAAUAAGUACAACACGCCUUUGGUGGCCAAGAAAACACCAAGUGGUAGGGUGCAGGUAGCCACGCCCCUAAUAAGCUGGAACAUGGUGACAGCGAAUGAUGUGAAACACAAUUCACGCAACUGGCGUUGGUCCGAAAGUCCUGAAAUUGAAGUUGCAGCAACGAGAUUUGAUCCAGAAAAGACUGAGAAAAAAGUUAGCAAAAGCGAUGAUUGCCGUAGAUAUAAAAAUGAUGAUAAACUAAAAAAUUCCACCCACACCCAAACAAAAAACGAAGAUGUCGAUGGUAAAUCAAUGCGUAAACGCAAAAAACACAAACAUGAGCGCGACAAGUCUCAUAAAAAGCACAAAAGAAAGCGUUCGCGCAGCUCAAAGCAUUCUGAAAAGCAUCAAGACUGCCAAAAUGAGUCCAGAACUAGUGACAAUAAGCACAGUAAAAGCAAAUAUGAUCACACUACGCGCUCUUGUACACCCAGCACUAAGAGUGAUGAUGGUCGACAGAGCAAAUCUGCUGGAAGUGAAAGUAGUCGUUCAGCUAGACAGGAUGAUGACAAGGGAGAGCAUAAGAAUGGCAGCGACAAAUGCGAGCAUUCAACUGCUGAGGAGAGGCAUAAAAAGCGAAAAUACCAUAAAUCUAGUAGCUCAGAUAGCUUUACUCCAAAUAAAAAUAAAAGCAUUGACAGCAACAGAAGUCGGAGCAAAGAAAGUCCCGAGCGGAGAAACGCGGCGUCGAAGUGUUAACAGUGGUUUAUUUUGAAAUAUCUUCUACCUCUGGUGCAGAUCAAAGCACAUCUAAGGCGCCAAGGGUAAUAAUUGACUCUUGACGUUUUGCAGUAUCACCGACGAUAUUCUGCAAGCACUAAAUAUUUUCAAU